AUGGAACGUGUUCCCGCUCCAGUAUGUGCCUCGCCGACGUCUACCUCGGCUACCUUCACUGUAUCUCCUGACAGCAACUUCACGCAAGCUCGGGAGUCAAUUAAGCCUCGACCUGCAAAAAGAGUUGUUCAAUCCCGAGAAGAACGCGACAGCAACAGACGCGUAAGUGUAUUCUGGACCUCUACAACUCCCUUUUUCCCUCUAAUAUCGCGAACAGUACUCAUAGCGUUCCGUUCCGUCCUCUUUUCACUUUAGAUCAAAAAGCAACGGAUGGAACGCCGGAGACGUGCUUGCAUUUCCGACAAAAUGAAUGCUCUUCACAACCUCGCGGUGUCACUUGUCGGCCAAGACGUAAGUGAUGUCCACGCUGAUGUGGUUUGACCAUCAACGACUUGAUAUGACGUAAUCUUAAAAUCCACCUGUUUGCUUUCCUGUCCCGCACAGCCAGAAAAGUUUCGGCGCGUUGAGAAGGCGGACAUCCUGACCAACUGUCUUGGCGUCCUGCAGGGCCUCUACGAGGUGGUCCAGCAACAACCAGAGUUAAAGGCCGAAAUGCAGAAGAUUGGCUCGAAACUCGCCAGCCAGCCGCCAGAAGGACAGGGGACCAGAAGUGAAUCGCGACGACCUCCUGCACCGUCCCAACCAACAGGAAAGGAAAACCAGCCAGUCAACUUUCCCCCAACCGGCCCUGUUCCCCACCUUCCCCCUCCUCCUCCCCCGCGACCAUAUAAGCCACACUUUAGGGCUUCGGUCCACUCUGCCUUCUCUCCGGUGCGUUCAGAUGUCGCAACACCGACUCUCAAAGCCACCGCCCACACCCUCUGCGACAGCGGGUAUCACACUGGUCCCACAGUCACUACUCCGAUGACGGGCUCCUCCAUUCCUCCGUGUUCCUCCUCUAUGGCACUUUCUCCUGGUAUGAGCAUUCCACCUCUGCGCCAAAUAUGGCCCCCUCAAACCUCCGGACUUCCAUUUUCCCCAACAACUAGUGCUUUUAUUGACGCGGAAUUGACGUCGACACCUGUAAGACCGGCUACUGGCGGCCGGUCGAACUCUCCGAGGCCUACGCAACAGAAGACCGAUGUUGAAGACACCGGCACCGACCGGCCAAGCAAGGUCGUUUGGCGACCCUAUUUGAACUGA